UUGAUCCGCACAAGCAACAUGUAUAUAAGUUGUCCAUUUUAUCAAGGUUAUGCCAUAUUGUUUGUCCGAAAAUUUUUGAACAGAAUCCAUGGAAGAAACCAAUGUGAGUUUGAGACUUCUGAUAGACACAAAAAGCCAAAAAGUGCUUUUUGCUGAAGCGGACAAGAACUUCAUCGACUUCCUCUUUCACAUUCUGGCCUUGCCCGUCGGAACUUUCAUUGCCCUUCUCACAAAGCAAGGAAUGGUGGGCAGCUUGGGGAAUAUUUACGAGAGCAUUGAAAAUUUAAGUACUACUUAUCUUCGACCAAACGUGAACAAAGAGACUCUCCUGAAGCCCAAAGUACAAAUCUCUGGUGGUAGUACUGUUCCAGGAGUACCUCUCCUAUUGCCAAACGUUGAAUCAUCUUCUACAUCAUCCAGGAAUUUGUAUAGGUGCCCUAAUUACUACGGUCACAACUAUGUGGCUGAUGACACUAGCGCAAAGUGUCCUUCGUGCCAGAAUUAUAUGAUUGACAAAGUAAAUUUCGUAGAUCCACCGAGCGUAACGAAUGCGGGCUCUUCCUCCAGUGAGGGAGGGUACGUGAAAGGAGUGAUUGCAUACAUGGUGAUGGAUGAUCUAGUGGUGAAACCCAUGUCCACCAUCUCUAGUAUCACUGUGCUUAACAGGUUUAAUGUCAAGAAUGUAAGUGUUCUUGAGGAGAAAGUUGUCAAUUUGGGCAUCAAUGAGGGAGUGAAACUACUCAAGGCUUCUAUAUGGUCAAAGAGUGUUUUGACUGAUGUUUUCCUACCAAUGUUGAAACAAGAAGUCCAAUGUGAGAGUCAGUGAAAUGUAAGUGCAAGAGUUCUGUGCCAUUGCCAAUAUGUUGUGUGUGUGUGUUUUUAUUUUCGUUACAUAUAUGUUUUAAAUAUACGUCAACUCUGGUGUGGAAAUGUAAAGGGCAAUAUGCUCUCUCUCUCUCUCUCUGCAUGUUUUAUUGGAAGCUUGGUUAAGAAGCAUUAUGUAUCAUAAAAAAUUGAGCCCCAAGUAUAUGUAAGUUUUUGUUAAUUAUCA